CUCGUCGAUGCCGGCUUGUCUAGUGUUCUGCCACUAGCCCCUCUUACCGGUGAUCCGGGUUUGAUUACUGCGCUCGUAGAGCGUUGGAGACCCGAGACAUCGACAUUUCACAUGCCGUUCGGUGAGGUGACGAUCACUCUAGAGGACGUUGCGACACUCACUGGAUUAGCGAUCGACGGUGAUGCCGUCAUAGUAGACAUACCAGACGAGGACUGGUCGGCUAUGUGUCUUCGACUGUUAGGACAGGCUCCUACUGAUCUUGGUGGCGGCGUCAUCAAGAUCAGUAGGAGGAGACAGCGACGUGAGCAGGGUGACGUACCUCGUGGAGUGAGGUACUCAGAUCGUCAGCCAGUCAGACCUACUUCGACCUUCACAUUUCACCAGCCUUCUCAGCCACCGUUACGGCCAGGCGCUUCUACCGGAUUUCAGGCAGGCACCAGUUCUUCUAGCCCUCAGUUUCAGCCCCAGGAGGAUAGCUUUCACACACCUCAGCAUGCUACGAUGGGAGGAGGGCACAUGGGAUCAGGUAGUACAGUCCUGCCACAUUUGGACGUCGACGAGUGGGAGCGUGUCGAUCUGCAGAUGCAGGAUCAGGACUUCCAGACAUCUCAUUGGGCAUAUGAGCAACAGCGACGAGAGGGUCCACCGGAUGAGCAGGUUCAGUCACAGGUGGAUGAUAUGUUCGGCACACAGGAUCAGGAUGAUGGGGCGGAGAGAGCUGAGCAGUUGCCUCCACGAGACAGGAGGCCAGCGAGGUGUGGUACUGGCGGCCAUCUAGUGGCAGAGCACGGUGGUCGUCGUGGUGGUCGGCGCGGUGGUCGUGGUGGUCGUUAG